AUGGCCAAUCCUAUCGCUUUUAUCGGCUCAACCGGCGGUUGUGCAAACUCCUGCCUCGCCCAUACCCUCAAGGGGGGCUACAAUGUCGUCGCGCUUGCACGAACACCUUCAAAACUGACGGAUCAACUCAAAGUGCAAGGAAUCGAUCAAUCUGUCAUCGAUAGCCAGCUCACUAUCGUUCAGGGAGACGUCAACGACAUCGAAGCCGUCAAGCGAACCGUUGCUCCUGCUUGCAAUGACGGAGUUCUAGUUCCAACCAUAAUUUCUGGUAUCGGUUCAACGCCCAAGCUCCAAGCCUCUAUUAUGCAGCCAGUUACCCUCAACGAUCCCAAUGUAUGUGAAAAAGCCACCAGCAACAUCAUCUCUGCCGUACGGGAGGUGCAAUCGGCAGCUGAGGGAGCCGGAAGACCCAAGACCCAACCAUUCUUCUCUGUUGUGUCUACUACUGGAAUCAGCAAGACGGAGGACGUCCCUCUGGCUUUCAGGCCGCUAUAUCACUACUUCCUUGCCGUCCCCCACAAAGACAAGCUGAAGAUGGAAGAAGCUGUGUUCAACGCCGUGGCUGAUCCUUCACCUGCUGCUCGGCUGUUUAGCGGUGUUAUGACCGUUCGACCUUCGUUAUUGACGGGCGAUUUUAACAUUGCCACUGGUAAGGGUUGGAAGACACUCAGGGUGGGCACUGACGAUAAGCCUGCUGUGGGGUAUACCAUACAGCGCGCUGAUGUGGGUGAAUGGAUGUACCAUGAGGUGGUUGCAAAUCGUGGGCAAAAUUACACCAACCAGAAGGUUUCCUUGACUAGUUGA